AUUCCCAUUUUCUUAGUGUCGAAAACACAAAUUCACAAACACAACAAGUAUUUGAUCCUGAGAUAUAUAUUUACAUAUAUUUGAAGGAAGGAAAGAAAGAAAGAUGAGUUUGGAGAUGCCACCAGGGUUUAGGUUUCACCCAACCGAUGAGGAAUUGGUGAUGCAUUAUCUUUGUAGGAAAUGUGCUUCUCAAACCAUUUCUGUUCCUAUUAUUGCUGAGAUCGAUUUGUACAAAUUUGAUCCAUGGCAGCUUCCUGAUAUGGCUUUAUAUGGGGAAAAAGAGUGGUACUUUUUUUCACCAAGAGAUAGAAAGUAUCCGAAUGGGUCAAGGCCGAACAGGGCAGCUGGAACAGGGUAUUGGAAGGCUACAGGGGCAGAUAAGCCCAUAGGAAAGCCCAAAGCAGUUGGAAUAAAAAAGGCUUUGGUGUUUUAUGCCGGUAAAGCUCCAAGAGGGGUGAAAACCAACUGGAUUAUGCACGAAUAUCGGCUCGCUAACGUCGAUAGAUCCGCCGGAAAACGUAACAAUAAUCUUAGGUUAGAUGACUGGGUAUUAUGUCGAAUAUACAACAAGAAAGGUGUACUCGAGAAACACUUGAACUGCGAUACAAAAUCGACACCAUUUUCUGAGAUGGAAAUCGAUACAAAACCAAAUAUCACAUCAUAUGCUCCAAUGAGUCAAAAACCGUCUCUAAAUCCACCAUCAUCGAUACCACAUCACGUAAUCAACGAUAUAUUCACAUCGGACACAUCAGAUUCAGUACCAACGUUACACACGGAUUCAAGUUCAGAACACGAAAAAGAAGUCCAAAGUAAAGUUACGAAAGACGAGUACCAGUUCAAUUACAUGGACCCUUUCCCGGACGACGCUUUUACGCCUCAAAGCGGCCAAUACUACAAUGACUUCCAACUCUCGCCAUUACAAGAUAUAUUUAUGUUCAUGCCAAAAUCAUUUCAAAUGUAAUACAUUUCUUGUUGCAAACAAAUGUGUACAUGAAAUGGGGUUUUUGUCCGAAGUACCAUAAAUGAAGCAUGGCGUACAAGCUUGAAGUGCCGCAUAAGUUGAAAGGAGUUUUAGGUUGGCCCAUAAGCAAGUGGGCUUUACUGACUUUGAGCCGCCCAUUAAGAAAAAAAAAUGAGAAAGAAACUGAUGGCUGCAAAUAGAUAGUGGACAAAAUUGACAAAAACAAUUUUGUAUCCUAGGUUCAUCCCAUGUUAAUAUAUCCAUUUGGUCCCAUGUAGCAUCAAUUCUUUUAGUAAAAGCAUAUUUAUUACACAUUCUUUUUCUCUCA